AUCGCCGUCUGCAUAUGUUUAUCUGCACUUGUCUUCUUCAGCUGUACACAAGAUGGACAAGGCAAAGGAGGCAAAGGACAAUAAAAUGAGAGAAAUUUUUAUUGAGAAGCUCGUUCUCAAUAUCUGCGUGGGCGAAUCUGGUGACAGGCUUACUCGUGCCAGUAAAGUGCUUGACCAGCUUACCGGCCAAACACCUGUUUACUCUAAAGCUAGAUAUACAAUCCGUAGCUUUGGGAUUCGUCGCAAUGAGCAAAUUGCAGUACAUGUGACAGUCCGUGGUUCGAAAGCCCUUGAAAUAUUUGAGAAAGCCUUAAAAGUGAAAGAAUACGAACUGAACGAGGGCAAUUUCUCGAAAGAGGGAAAUUUUGGGUUUGGAAUAAAAGAACACAUCGAUCUCGGAAUCAAAUAUGAUCCUAAUAUCGGUAUCUAUGGAAUGGAUGUCUACGUUGUCUUAGGACGUCACGGAUCUCGUGUUAAAUAUCGAAGAAGAAGGCGCUCUCCUGUAGGAAAGAAGCAUCGUAUCACUAAAAAAGAGGCAGAGGAUUGGUUUGUUCGAACCUACGAAGGAAUCAUUAUCAAGAAAAAGGCGAAGUAGAUUCACAUUAACAUUAAUCGCUUAAAGCAAAAAAUAUUGCAAAAUAUAAGAUCAUCCUUGUGCAAAAAAUAAAAUUAAAAAUUUUACUGUAGUGCAUAA